GAAGAACUUUUCUUCUGCCUCUUCCUCCUCUGGUGGCUUUUGUCUCUUAGUGAGUGGCACCGUGGCAGUAAGACUGACAGUUCGUUUAGCAUAACCAAGAGUAAUACUGCCACAGCUAUAGUCGUGGUCCUCAGGAGAAUAUUGCCCACCCACUACCAGAUCAGCAUGUUACGACGGAAACCAUCCAACGCAUCUGAAAAGGAGCAGGGCCAGGUGCAAAAGAAGAAGCUGACUCUGCAAAGGUCCAGCAGCUUCAAAGACUUUAUGAAGCCAAAGCCGUCGUCACCCGUAGUGAGCUCUGAGCCUACACUGGAUGAAACACAGCUGGAGAGUGCACCACCAGAGGAUUCAAGGAAAAGUAACGGGAAACUGGGAAAGAAAUGGAGAAAUGUCAUAUCUCGCACAAUGACCCGUAAAACCUCCAAGAUGGUACAGAAAGCCCUUGCAGAGGAGGGGAAUGAGAGUGGGGGGGACGGCUCUAUGUCUCCAAGUGACUGGAUUCCAGAUCUCACUGCUGGGAACAGAACGUCUGUGUGCUCCAACAGCUCAGAGGACACAAUACACAGCCCUCUCUCACGCCAGCUCUCUGGAUGUGCUGACAGGCAAAGUCUGGACAGUGGCUUCAGCCAGAGAGACAGUAUGAGACUGGAGGACAGCACCUACACAGGGCCCUUCUGCGGCAGAGCCCUCGUCCACACUGACUUCACCCCCAGCCCCUAUGACAUUGAAUCCCUCAAACUACAGAAAGGAGACAUCAUCCAGAUCAUUGAGAAGCCACCAGUAGGCACCUGGACUGGUAAACUCAAUAACAAAGUGGGCUCCUUUAAAUUCAUCUACGUCACAAUACUACCAGAGGAGGACACACCACCAAAGAGGAAGCGAUGCCAGAGUCAAAGACGCAAGAACAAACCCAAACCGCAAACCCUGGAGGAAGUUCUGGAGAGAAUAGGCCUAACUGAGCUGGAAUCUCUCCUGUCCAUGCAUGGCUUCCAGAGUUUGGAGGAUUUCAGCGGCCUGAAGGAGUCCCACCUGAACGAACUGAACAUUACAGACCCUGAGCAAUGUGUGAAGAUACUGAAAGCAGCAGAAUUGCUUCAUGACUCUGAGGAUGAAUCCGAUGUAGAGGAGCAAAAGACUGAAAUGCCACGGGACUCAGGUUGUUACGAGAGCACAGAGAACCUGGCAAACGGAUGUGAGGAGCCCCAGCUGGAAUCCCAACUGGAGCCAGAGACUGAUCCGGACACAGAAACAAAGCUCAAUGCGAUUCAGGAACAACUGGAGGAGAUGAAGGUGGAGGAGAGUCCUGCGAGCCAAACAGAGUGAAGCCACCAGAAUGUUCUUUUGAUCCUGCUUCUUUGAAACUCUGUCAAGCUGGAUUAAAUUCUAUGAAAAAACAUUUCAUAUGCACAGCCCAUACAGAGGCCAAUAGGUCAUCUUAGAAGAUGGCUUAAAGAUCUUGAAGCUACCAUCAUCUAUUCGCUCUGAUAUUAUUGUUCAGAA